AUGAGGGCCGUCGUUCAGCGGGUAAAGGGCGCCACCGUCCACGUCGAUGGGAAGCUCGUCUCGUCCAUCGGACCGGGCAUCGUCGCCCUAAUCGGCAUAUCCACCGAGGACACGGCGGCCGAGAUUGUACCGCUCGCCAACAAGAUUCUCACCACCAAGUUGUGGAACGAUAACCAGGAACGGGCCCAGAUCCAGGUACCGUCCCAGUACCUCUCCUCGUCCUCGAGCGAUACUGACGCCACCACCGCGGCAGCAUCAGCACCACCAUCCUCCUCUUCCAACGGCGACACCACCGGCGGCGACGCGGCGGCGCCAAAGGAUCGCGCCGAGCAGGUAUGGGGCGGCAAGCCGUGGAAAAAGUCCGUCGUCGAGCUGGGCGGAGAGGUGCUGUGCGUCUCGCAGUUCACCCUCUUCGCGCGCACCGUCAAGGGCACCAAACCGGACUUCCACCGCGCCAUGGGCGGCCAGCAGGCCAAGACCAUCUACGACGCCUUCCUCCAGAAACUCGCAGACUCGUACAGCCCAGACCGCAUCAAGGACGGCGCGUUUGGAGAGAUGAUGGACGUCUCGCUCACCAACGACGGUCCCGUCACGAUACUCCUCGACACUGCCGAGAAAAAGUAA